AUGUCUUCUACAAAUGCCUCUAAUUCCUCUUCCACUGCCAUUGCCCCUGUAUGGAGUUACGACGUUUUCUUGAGUUUCAGAGGUGAAGACACCCGUAAAGGUUUCGUCGACCACCUCUAUACAACUUUACACGAAAAGGGUAUCGACACUUUCAAAGACGACAUUGAACUCGAGAGAGGGAGUUCCAUUUCCCCAAUACUCAAAAAUGCCAUUGAAAGAUCCAAAGUCGCACUCGUUAUCUUCUCAAAAAACUAUGCCAAUUCCUCUUGGUGUUUAGAUGAGAUUGUUAAGAUCGUUGAAUGUAACCAGAAAUUUGGCCAAAAGAUUUAUCCUGUAUUCUACUAUGUGGAGCCUUCUGAAGUUAGGAAGCAAGAAGGGAGUUAUAAAAUAGCUUUUGACAAAUAUGAAAAUGAUCCAAAGGUGGAGAAAGAGAAGAUUGAGAGCUGGAGGAAUGCUUUGAGGGAAGCUGCUAAUGCUUCUGGAUGGGAUAUCGAACAUAAAGAUGAUGGGCACGAGUCGAAAGGCAUCAGAAAAAUUGCUCUAGAUAUUUUGAACAAUUUGAGCCAUACAGCCUCUCGAGUUAAAGAAAGCCUCAUUGGAGUAGAGUCGCACGUUCAGCAAGUGAUGUCACUCUUGAAUCUCGAGUCAACUGAAGAUGUUCGCAUGAUAGGUAUAUGGGGUAUGGGUGGCAUCGGAAAAACAACUAUUGCCAGGACAGUUUUCGAUCAAAUAUUUACCAAAUUUGAAGGCAGUAGCUAUCUUGACAAUGUAAGAGAAGUUUCCAAAACUUUAGGACUGAAUUCAUUAGAAGAAAAAUUACUCUCCGACACUCUGAAGGAAAAAAGUGCGAAUCUCCACAGUAACGUGUCUAUCCUAUUGACAAGGUUACGUCACAAAAGGGUGCUUGUUGUUCUUGAUGAUGUCAAUGAACUUGAGCACUUAGACCGAUUGGCUGGAGGGCAUGAUUGGUUUGGUGCUGGUAGCAGAAUCAUCAUUACAACAAGAGACAGGCAGUUACUUUCAGCACGUGAAGUUGAUGAAGUAUAUGAGGUCGGUUUCUUAGGGACUGAUGUAGCAUUGAAGCUGUUUAGGAAAUUUGCCUUUAAGGAAGGUUUUCCCAAAGAGAAAUUUGAAAAGCUUGCACGUGCGGCCGUUAGAUAUGCUCGCGGUCUUCCUUUAGCUCUUAAGGUGUUGGGCUCUUUUUUACAUGGACGAGAUAUUGAUGAAUGGGAAAAUGCAUUGGAUAGAUUGGAAGAAAUUCCCGAAGAUAAAAUCUUGGAGAAGCUUAAAGUGAGUUUUGAUGCACUGAAUGACAUGGAGAGGAGGAUAUUCCUGGAUAUUGCUUGUCUUUUUAAGGGGAAGAAGAAAGAAUAUGUGAUGAGAAAACUUGAUAGCUUCGGCUUCAGAUGCAUAACUUAUUACAAGAGAUGGGUUGGUACAUUGUGCGAAGUUCACAUCCUAACGAGCCUGGGAGACAUAGCAGAUGAUUGCCAUUCAUUACAAAGCUUGGCUAAUCUCUCUGAAAAGCAUGCCUUCUUGUGGAAGGUCUCAUUUCUCAAUUGUUUCAAACUGUUCGAAAAUGAGGAGAACCGUAACGCUUCUGAUAAGUUGCUACACUCUCUACUUCAGGGACAACCUGUUGUCGAUAGUCGAUUUAGUAUACUCAUUCCUGGAAGGGAGGUCCCAGAGUGGUUCAGUUACCAAAAGAUGGGUCGUUCAGUAACCAUCCCUAUAACUCCAGAAUGGCAUAAUAAUGUCAUUGGGAUUGCAGUUUCUAUCGUUUUUGAGCGUUUGGUGUCAAAAUCAAAAAUAGGGGUCACGUUCAAAUUGAUAAGCCGGGAUCAUGAGGAGUUCACUCCUAAUAUCACCCAAACUGCCGCUAAGCUGGAAGAGAACUAUGACUCUGCUCAUGUGUGGAUAGGCUAUGUAUCGUUCCAUCUUUUCCAGCUUCUAUUUCCGAAAUUUCAGUUAGAUGAUUGGGCUAAAAUAGAGGGAUGUGUUACAAUUAGUACAAUGGAAGAGGCAUGGAUUAGGCCAAGAGGAUGUGGUAUUCGCUUAGUGUACAAAGAAGAUGUGAAAGAGGCGUCGGCACAACAUAUGGAGACUCAUCCUGGAGUUGACCGAGAAUUGUACAAAUCAAAAGAGGACCAAGAGAGUAUCGAUGUACUGACUUUUGGUGUCAAUCAAUUGAACUGGACUGUAGAUCCUGUCGAAGAAGAGGGCACUCAGUUUCGAAGUUUGAGAAACACCACUUCCUUCAAGGUACAGAAGACCCUAUCAUUUGAUUACUAG